UCCUGAUCCCCCAUUUGGAGAAAUGAAUUGAUUCUUGUAAUAAUCUGUGAUCUGAUGAGCAGAUAGAAAGAGAAGAGAAGUUGAUGUCAACAGCAGAAGCUCCUCCUCCGUUCCAAGAAGCAGCGCGAUGCGUUGUGUGCAAUUGCAGUUUCAACACCUUCAGAAGAAGGCAUCACUGUCGAUCCUGUGGGAGAACAUUGUGCAAUGAACAUUCAUCAGAUCAAAUGGCUUUACCACAAUUUGGCAUUUACUCAAAUGUCCGAGUAUGUGCUGAUUGUUUCAACAACUCACGGUCUGGGAAGGAUGAACCACAGACUUCUUCAGAUGGAGUAAACAGUGUGACAGAUACAAUUUCUAAAUUAGAUAUCAACACAAAUGUUGAUUCAAAAUCCAUACCAACUGCAGAGAAUAAGCUUGUGUUGGGCAUUAAAGAGUGUAAAUGUGGAAUGCCACUUUGCAUUUGUGAAGCUCCAACCCCUUCCUCUGAUGCACUCCCCCAGCAGAAACCCAAUCCAGUUAUUGCAGCUCCAUCAAAUCCUAAAUCUAAGAAGACAGAUACUGUUCCGAAAAAUAGAAGCUCCAGUUCAACUAGCAAAUUUAGUUCUAUGUUUAACGUUGGUCAUGUAACUAAUGGUACCUCAGACAGGCCCCAGAUUGAUUAUGAAGUUACUGGAGAGGGUUUAAGAGAAGCAAUAAAAAAUGGUGACAUUGCUGCUGUUAAGAAACUUCUUAAUGAGGGUGUGGAUGCAAAUUACAGGGACAAGCAAGGACUGUCUUUAUUACAUUUGGCUGCAGUCUUCAAUCAAACUGAUAUAGUUUUCAUUCUUAUGGAUUCGGGGGCAAGCCUGGAGUACAAAAAUGCACAAGGAGAAACACCUAUAGAUUGUGCACCCGCUACAUUGCAAUACAAAAUGCGAAAGAAGAUGGAAGAAGGUGGAACAGUGGACCAAAGCAUUUGAACAAUCUAUUACUUUUAUCUGUGUUCUUUUUAUGCAGUGCCCCCAAUACUACCACUGUCUAAAGGUUCUCCGUUACCAGAACAAAAAUUUCCGGCUUCUGUAUAAUUGUGACAGAGAUGGAGUUCAAUUCAUCUUUCUGAAAUGGCAGACUAAGUAUGCAGACCUUUAUUAGACAAAUCUUUGUCAGCCACGCAACUUAGGCAGUAUUACUAUUCAGUUUGUAAAUUUCUUUGGUCUAUGACAUAAUAAGAGCAUUUUUAAGUAUGCAUCUAUAUAUUGUUGAGUUGAGCAGCUGUCUUACUUUCUUCCACCACAUGCAGUCAUAAAUGUGGAACUCUAAAUUAAAAGGGGCUUAAGAAUGAUGUGGUAUAAAAAUCUCGUUUCAUGUCCCGGUCA